AUGUUUCAACAAAUAUUUAAAGACAUAAGCGAGAAAGAAAAAGAAACACAAAAUGAACAGGAGAUCAAAUCGUUAUUAAGUAAAAUUAUUAUGCGUGAUAUUAACAAGACUAAAAAUACACUUCAACAAUAUAAAAAUCAUUACAAUACUUUUGAGAGAGUUUUCACACUGAAUUUUGUCGACCACAUAAUAAAGUUGAUUGAAGAGACAAAUUUGCUUCUAGAACUGAUAUCAGAAGGAACUUACAUUGUUAGUGUUCUAAUUUCAAUUUUGGAUCAAAUUUUUAUAAAACAUAAAGAAAAUUGGUGUGCCAAAUAUAGGGAAACUUGCCUUAAGGCAAGUGUUAAAAAAUGUAACACUCAAAAGGAGAAUGAUAAUCACAGAUCUCCCAGAAAAAAAAUAGACGCAAUCAUUACUCUGAAAGAGGAAGACGAAGAAUUUUCCAUCAUUGAAGUUAGUGAGCCUCCGUUAAAAUCAGAUUGGACUCAUUUCAAAGGAGAUCGAAUGAAAAUCAUAAAAAUGCUAAAAAUGUUAAUGAAUCAAUUGGCAGAAAUUCGCCCAAAUUUAAAUAUUAGAAUGCUUAGACUUUACGCCAUGCUAUCUUAUUUAAAUCAGUUGAUUAUCUAUGAAUUCUGUCUCAAAUAUGCUGAAGUGUACACAAUAGUGGAAGUAUUGAAAAUUUCUUUUCUGAAAUCAUGGAAAGAUAUGAAGGAAUCAUACGAGAUAGUGAUGGGUCUAUUAAAAUAUGAGCGUUUAUUAUCCGAAAGUUCAGAAUCCAUACAAAACUUUCUUUGGAGUAAUGAUAAUGAGAGCAAGACCUGUCAAAAAAUGACCACACGAAUUAUCUAUUCACUCACUAAGAAAAAAGCACGAACUAGUUAA